AUGGCGCUGGGCUCGGUGCCUCCCUGCCCUGCCCGGGCUCAGCGCUUCCCUCAGGCUUGGUGCUCCGGGCACGUCCCUCGGGGAGCGGUGUCCGAGCGCCCCGGAGCUCCGGCAGCAGAACCAGCAGAGGCCGUGCAUUCAUCCCUGGGGCAGCGCGGUGGCGGAGCCGGCAAUGAGGCGGCAAUCGCGCCAUUCCUGCGGCCCGCAGGCUCACCCGGCUCCCCGGGGACAGCGGGGGCAGCUCGGGCCGGCCCCGCUGCGGCCUGGCCCCGCCACCCGCCCACCCUCCGGCCCCGGGGCUGGCUGAGGGAACCACAGAGGCACCGGGGCUGGAAAACACCGCUGGCACCAUCAAGGGCAACCUCUCAGCCACCCCUGGCCGGGGAGGGCGGUCAAAGGAGAGGGGCAGUGGUGCGGAGGGAGCCCCGCAGGACGCGGUGGCGCAUCCCGGGAACGGGAAACGAAAGGGAAGGGAAAAGGAUACGGAGCACUGGCGGCGGGGCCGGAGGUGUGGGCAGGGCGGGGGAAGCAGCGAGGAGCCCCGGCAGCGCCCGCCGCGCCCUGGCCGUGAAGGAGGCGGAGGACGGCGCGGGGCGGCCCGGGCGCAGCAGCCCCGUCCGCGCUCCCCCUGCCCAGCCCCGGCCAUGA